AUGAAUCUUCUGAUUCUUUUUCUGAUUCCAACUGUAUUUUUCGUUUUCAUUUCGGCUGAUGAUCUUCUUCAAACGAAACUCAAUGAAACAUCGGAUUCUGAAAUUGAAAUUAUGUCACCAGGAGGGACCAAAAAACCAACUCGUUUCAUUGAUAAAGUUCGUGCGAUCGGAAGAAAACAAGCAAUUGGAGUGAAGGGAAAAUUGAUGUGUGGAGGACGUCCGGUGAGAAAUGCCACUGUCAAAUUGUGGGAUAAUGAUAUGUUUGACCCAGAUGAUCUGAUUGCUGAAACCCACGUGAAUGAGGAUGGAACAUUCGAACUUUCUGGAUUUGCAAUUUCCAUUACUUCUAUUGAUCCUCAACUUAGAAUCUACCACAACUGUCGUACAACAUCUAAAGUUUGCCGUCGAAAGAUCACUUUUACUGUCCCAGAUAAUUAUAUUAAUAAGGGAGUGAAGGUCCAAAAAUGGUUCGAUUUGGGAACACCGAAUAUGGAAAUCGGAGUGAAACAUAAGGAGGAACCACACUGUUAUUAA